CUCUUCCCUGUGUAGUCUCACGAAACUGUUCACAUCAGAGUUUUAUGAAAACCGUGGAUUUUUCCUAAAUUUCCGUCUGUCCGCCUCCAUUAAAAAUUCUACAACUCAUGCAACUGAUGCCUACCCGACACUCAGAGGUGCCAACCCAACACUCAAAAGUACCUAUCCGACACUCAGAAGUACCUACCCGGGAUUGGGAUGUAGCUCACCCUAUUAAUAUUGUAAGGAAGAAAUCUUUGGAAGAAAUUCAAGGGAAAUCUUACAUAAUACAAAGAGAGGAAAAUGGAAAGCAAAUCUUUAGAUUUCAUAUAAUUGUGACAAGCUGUGGUUUUCUAUCAUGCCUGAUUACAACUAUUUGGGAUCUUUCUGCUGGGAACCAACAUAUUACAGGUCGCUGUGUUUGGGCAAGUUUCUGCAUCUGGAUCAGUACGUUAAGUUGUAGCUGUGUUUGUUUAUUUCUUCUAUUUGUAAAUAUACUUGGUCUAUCUGGUAUAUACAAGGCCAGCAGCUGGUCUGAAACCAGACCGUACAAUUCAUACAGGUUUCUUUAUAUUUGGUUAAUAGUUUACUUUCUUGUUGACAUUUCAGUUCUGCCGAUAUGUAUCUACUUCCUCUACGCCUGGUUUAUGCUCAAGAAAUCCUACACUGUUCUACAUAUAGGAAUACCCAUCGUAGGUGUAGUUUGUUUAUCUGGAUAUUUAGUUCUUAUUCAUCAUUGGUUUCGUAUACUAAACCUUACUCAACAAAUCAGCAAGUUGAGUUUCAUCUUCAGCUGUUCUCUGUAUCCACUUGACCGAGGGAAAACUGCGUCUAUAGUUAGAAUCCUGAUACUCUAA